UAAUAUCUACACGUGAACUCUGCCAAGGGAAUUGCUCUGAAAUACUGCGUUUGGUUUUACAGAAUAAUUAAAACUACAAACAGCUGUAGGAUAAUUUAUCAUGUCGUUGACGACGAGUUGUCGUUUUUGUUUGGGUUUAUUUAAGUCGAGAAUGAUUAACAGUCGUGUGUUUGGUUAUUUGGGGUCUCCAGGGAGAUUCGUACAUGCAGGCUGUGGAAGACGGACACUUUCUUCUUCACACACACUGCUGUUUCAACAGAGUUAUGUUUAUUCACAGAGUUUGGACUUCCGGCGGACAUUUAAAACCGCUGUAGCGUCAUGGAGCGAUGAAGUUGGUAAAAUCCAGUCAAAGCAUUAUCAUUUGGUGUAUACAUGCAAGGUCUGUUCCACGCGUUCAAUGAAGAAAAUCUCCAAGAUGGCAUAUCACAAUGGCAUUGUUAUAGUAACAUGUCCAGGCUGCCAGAACCAUCACGUCAUUGCCGAUAACCUUGGAUGGUUUUCUGAUCUGGAAGGAAAGAGAAACAUUGAGGAGAUUCUUGCAGCCAGAGGGGAGACAGUGAGGCGAAUCGCGGAGGAGGAUGCUGCCAUAGAGAUUGUUGCCAAGGAGACGAUUAAAGAAGCGAUGCAGAGGAGUGAAGACAAUGACCAGAAAGCAAUAGCGGACAAGUCUGAUAAAUCGUGACUCAUCUGACAAAUCUCUGCUGCACUAAUGAACACUUCUAAUUUGACAGUGGAUACAAUUUAUGAAAUGUGUAAAUCUGUUGGUGUAAAUAAAUAAAUGUAUUCAUGAUGGG